AUGAAGAUGGGAGGAACCUGGCUGGGUCUGCCAGUUGGAAUGCACUUGCUGGCUCUGGGACACAGGCACUUUUCAAACAAAUGGAGAAACAUGAUGGAUUUCAGAAAAUUCAGGCUGUUUGUUUGCCUCGUAGGGCUCAGCUGUGCUAGCUUCUGGGUUUUUUACAAUAAUUUGACUGAAUUCUGUAUAUUCUGUGAAAACAGCCAAGAUUACAUGUUCCCCAUAGAGACUUUUAGAAGAAUCGGAGGAAACUUCUCACAGCUCCCGGAUAUAGACUGCCAUAAGAAUCCGCCUUUCCUCGUCCUGCUUGUGACAUCCUCGUACCACCAUGUCGAUGCCAGGAUGGCCAUCCGGCAAACCUGGGGGAAGGAGAGAAUGGUCACCGGCAAGCGCCUGGUGACAUAUUUCCUCCUGGGAAGCACUGUGAAUCUCAGCCAGCAGGCUGAUAUCGCUGCUGAAAGCCAAAAGUACAAAGACAUUAUUCAAAAGAAUUUUACUGACACGUAUUACAAUUUGACUUUGAAGACCAUGAUGGGAAUUGAAUGGAUUCACAGAUUUUGUUACCAGUCCAGCUUUGUGAUGAAAACCGACACAGAUGUGUUUGUCAAUGUUUUUUACCUCACUGAGCUGCUUCUAAGGAAAAAGAGGACCACUAGAUUCUUCACAGGCUUUUUAAAACUGCACGAGUACCCCAUACGGAGAAGAGGGAGUAAGUGGUACGUGAGUAGAGAAGAGUAUCCGGGAAAGACGUACCCACCGUUUUGUUCCGGGACUGGCUAUGUUUUAUCCACCGACGUUGCUAGUCAGAUCUAUAAUGUUUCAGAGAGCGUUUCGUUCAUUAAACUGGAGGAUGUAUUCAUAGGACUGUGCCUUGCCAAAUUAAAAAUUCAGCUGGAGGAGCUUCAUUCAGAGCAGACGUUUUUUCCAGAAAGGAUUAGGUUCUCUGUUUCUCGCUUUAAGAAAAUUGUGAUGUGCCAUGAAGUAGAACCAUCUGAGCAGCUGAGCUACUGGAAUCACUUAGUGACAGAAAAUCACGGAGGAGUGCUCUAG